AUGGCACUUGGUGGUGCAGCUAUGAACUCCAUAACUGUGUCUGGACUGACUAGAGACACACAUGGUCCAAACAACGCCUCGAACUUUGGCCAUCCAAAGGAUGAUAUGCAUUACAUCAGACCUAGAUUCAACACAGAUCAAUGGGAUAAGUACUUCGCAGUGAGAGAUCUCCGUCUCACCGGUUCGUUCAGAGGACAAUCCGACGCUCCAGAGGCCCACGAAUCAUUCGAAACCAACUCUGUACAACCAUUCAACAACACAACCAAGCCAUGGGUGUUGAGGAAGCAUAUAAUCAUGAAGAACAGUCCAACCAAGUGGCUGAGAAAGUACGGCAACAAGAGAGACAACGACAUCCAAGAGAUGAAGGAUCAAUACAUCAAAGACAUGGGAAACUGA